CCCUUCAGUCCGAUGCGCGGCCCGAGGACAGCCGGAGAGACAUGUACGUGUUUUGUAUGCACACACAUACACUCGUUUAUCAGCACCGGACCGAGGAGGGCUCUUAGAUUUGUGUGGAUUUGGAGUUAACAAGUUUGCGUGGCACUGAAAUGUCUCCAGAUUGGAAAUGCAGCGCCACGCGUGUCUGUUACUCUUUAUUAUCACUACAGAUAAAGUAUUGGCCUUCUUGCACCACCAGUGUGGAGGCAUUGUCCAUUUGGACCCCAAGCCGACCGGUCACAUCAGCCUCAGCGUACCAGGCCCCGGAGAUGACUCCAGCAGCCCUAGCCCCAUAAAGCACCAGGCUGACCAAAACCCCUUUUUCACAGUCUGCACUUGGACUAUAGACAUUCCCUCUGGCCAAAUGGCACGUUUGGAGUUGCAAUGGCUCGAAGGAGGCUCAAGCAUAUCGGUGCACUGUGUUGGGGACCAGGAGCAGGUCCUUGAGAUCGGGACGAUUGCAAUUCUCUUUGGCUGUGACAGAGACACGGCUGUCAUUACUUGGAGAGGAGCUGGACACUCUUUAUACACAGUUCGACUUUCGUAUGAUGUUCAGGAAGUUAUGAGAAAUUCCUCGGAGGACCAUACUAGCUUCGAGUCGAACCAAGAGCUCUCCACCACCUUAUCUUGGUCUAAGAUGGCAUCCAGCUCUACAAGUGGGGCUCCCGUCGUACCCCAGCAUGUGCAAGAGGGAGUAAGGGGGAUGGAGAGGGGCAUAGGGCUGGAGCGGAGCUUUCCAUCAAGGCCUGGUUCUGGUCCCUCUCCCCUGGACCACAGAUCCCCUCCCACUAGCCUGUCAGGGCUCACCAUGGCUGGGCCAACCGAUAGGGAAACCCCCCCUCUUCCUCAGGAAGAACCUGACAAUGGAGCGGAUAUGCCUGGGGCCGCUCAUGUCACAGAAAGUCACAAUUCUGCCAGAAAGAACACACACGUAUAUUUUCACACACAACAUACACCAACUACAGACACCCUCUCUCACACAUUACAUGCACUUAACACAGAGACACUGUCUCACAUGCAGCAGACAUCACACAGAGACACCCUCCCUCACACCAAACGCCAACAGUCACUGACUGAUACAGUCAUUAGCUCAGCGACAGAUACAGCGCUUGGCACAGACACACACACACAGAUAUAUGAAAUAAUUCACAAAGCGAAAGACACAGACAAAAACAUACCCCAAAUUGACUCCUCAGUGCCCACCUCGGGCACCGUGCCUAUCCCCUCCGCCCCCUCUCAACCAUAUCUCCUGACCUCCAGUACUCCAACCAGUUCUUGGGUGACUGAUGCUGUUUUGAAGCCACAUGGUGAGUCUGUGGAUGGGAAGUCUGGAGGGAGCGAAGCCCCUGGCAGGAGGAACCAACGGAGCUCAGGCACACUUCAGUCGAGCUUGACCUUAGCGGUCACCUCUGAUCCUUUAAAGACAUCCAGCAUAUCUCAGUGGGAACUUACAAACAGCACAUACACUGAUAUUGGAACUACUGCUUCAUCACUCUCAGAUGGCCUGGGCAGGACUGGUCGAUCAUCUCUCACAGACAGCUCAGAGUUGGAGAGGACUGUUGGAACAGGGCCGACAGUGUCCCCUUAUCCAGAUAUCAUGCAAAUGGACACAGUCGGAUUUGAGCAAUCAAACGUCAGUAGUCAAACUGCUAAAUUUCCCUCCUUGGAUGGAUUUGAAAAUGGAGAGAACAUCCACAGUCUCCCUCCCAGUCCAAGUCCAGCUGCCACACAGACCCAGACAAGCUCCCCGCAAAGCCAACGUGCAGAUGGUCUCACACACUACCCACCUUCUGACACGCCUAUCCUAUACACACAGACAGACGACAGAGUGAAACAUACAGAGAGUCAAGAUUCACAUAACCCUACAAAAUUCAGCAGUACAGACACGACCUCAAACACUUUAAGCCCUCAGGAGGCCUCUAUCACCCCCUCUUCCAUAAGCAGCCCCAAUAUCACACAAGACUAUAGCUGGACUACAAAUUUCACAGACUCUCCUUCCUCCACCAACUCACCGCUCAUGUUUGGGGAUAGAGUCCAGAACUCAACUGUCACCACUGUUUCAAAACGCCUAUAUUCCUCUGAUGUUACCACAACAGCUGCCAGUAAGACUGAGAUGAUGGUGGGCAAGUCCAUGCAGGGGACCAGGACUGACACCACAACUUACAUGUAUAGCUCCACUCACGCAACCUUAUCCGAUGCCUUGCGUACACAUACAUCCAUACCACCUAGCUCAUCACUUCCUACAGCUUCUUUGCCCUCUACAGCCUCGCAUAGUUUCGUAUCCACUCACAUAUCGGCACCUGAAUACAGACUCAAUGCACAAAACGCCCUUCCUAAUAGUUCACAUACCACUCACCACCCUUUGACGACUGCUUCCUCGAUGGGUGCACACUACAGAACUGUACCUAUACAUCAGCCUUCACAGACAUCAACACCCAAACCCUUGCUACCUACUCGUCAAACACAUAAAGCACUGCCUUUGCCUUUCACUACUAACGGGUCCCCAACACACAAACAGUUCCACGUCAAUGGUUCUGUCCUUCCCUCACCGACACCCACAAAUGCAGAGCCUAGACCUGGAGUUGGGGGGAGAGGGAAAGAGAAUGAACAUCUCUUGGUAACAGCAGCGCUGCCUUCUCAGUGGUCUCCCAAUGGCCCAUCCGCACACUCUCCAACACUUCCAGGGCAACCUACUCCAAGGACCGAUCCAUUUCCCAACCAGGGAAGUCGUUUUGCCGGAAGGACAUCUAAGUCUUCCCUAUCAUUAAACUGGAGCACUACAACUACCCACAUGCCCAAGUUCUACAUUGUACCGGACCAACCUGCAGCCAUCAGAGUGGAGUCAUUUGAGUUGCUGCUGCAGAUUGUUGUAGAAGAGUCCAGCUCAACAUUUACCGACAGCCUGGUUGAAGACACCACAGCCUGGGUGGAGCCAUACCUCCUGAACGCUCCAGGAUUCAACAGGCUGCUUGGAGUCUGGAGUAGGGGCCUCGUGGUGCAAAGUUUAGUGGAUUUUAGGACCAUGGGGGCUUUGGACUGGUUGGAAAUGAUAGGACCAGAGUCACUGCUUGAACGUACAGGAUUGGCUCAGGCUGUUCGCGAGGGAAGACGUUUCAGAGGGUCAAAGAUUGUUAACGUUACUGUGGGAGGUCUGCAGGAUAGUGUGUGUGAAUGGCUGCUGAAGUGUCCAGAAGGCUAUGAAUGUGUCUCCAAACCCGGCUACAAAAACCACAGUUGUUCAUCUGUCUGCCGCUCGGACUACUGCCAUCACCAUGGCAUCUGUUCUCACCAUCCAGAACAGCCACCUGUCUGCCGCUGCAUCGUAGGAGAAGAUUUCUGGUACAUGGGCCGGAGAUGUGAUGUCAAGAUGACACGGGCAAGGCUGGUAGGGGCCUGUUUUGCCAUCCUAGUCAUCAUUGUGACAGUUAUUGCUAUCGUGGCACUUGUGGCAGUGCGACGCUACCGAGCCAUAUUGAUACAGGCCAAAGUGGAUCAAACUCGAAGCAGCUACCGCAGAUUCAACCAUUUUGAUGAGCUGUCGGGCCGGUUUUGGUUGCGUUCAUGGCAAGGAUCGGCAGACUCGCUCGACAACCCUGCCUUUACGCGGUCUGAUGAAUUGCUACACAUGCGAGCACAGGACCGCACUUGCUGUUACCAUGAUGAUACAUUGUCUCUGGCUUCCACCUGUCCCAGCAACGGUAUUCACGUCAACACAGUCUUCCCACACAGCUCCCAGUAUGGCUUGAGAGGCAGUGAGAUAAGCAUGGGGGACUACAUAUUGGAUUCAGGAAAGGCCAGUGAUCUCUCUGUCUGUAGCUGGCCUGUGGAACCCAUCCAGUGGACACCAUUCCCGCUACUACAACAGCUGGCUUCACACAGGACACCCACGGUGAGGGCAUCGAGACCACGGUCCUACUGUGAAGGCAUGGAGCUUGUAGACCUUGGAAGGAGUUGGACAGCCUAACACACACAGUGAAACCACGUCACAUCAUUUUUGCCACAUAUGAAUGAGGGUUUUUCCCCCCCCCAUUUUGAGUUUCACAUGUUUUCAAACUUUGUUUCGAUAAUUAAAAUGGUGAAAAAACGUCUUUGUUGCCAUUUUUUUAAGGUUUCUUAUUUUGAUUUGAAAAUGUGGGGGGACACAGUCUACUACUGCUAUAUGUUUUGUUUUGAUGACUGCAAAACUGUUGCUUAAGUGUUGCUUAAGUGUUGUGUGUUUUGCUUUUGCGUCUUUUCAAUGCAAGAGUAAAAGUGUGAGACCUGUGAGCAUUAAGACAUGGCUUU